GGGGGGCACCGAUGACGGAGGUGUAAAAGCGCGCUCCAGCUGUGGCUCCAGCGCAGACCGGACAGCGCUGCUCUCUCUGACCGCCUUUGAAACGCUCUCUCCUGGACUGCACCAUGUCUGCGCCCGCGGGCCCAAAGAUGUACUCUAAACUCAUCACCGGGGAGCAGGGCCCCAGAGUCUCUCCGUCUGCGGCUGGUCGGCCACAAGGAAGAUCUGCUCCUAGUCCCGGUCUUAGUCCUGGUCGGGGUCCUGUUCUAUACAAAGCCUCUACCAUGGCUCUGGCUGCUCUGUGUGUGAUCCCACUCAUCUUCGCCAGUGGUCUGCCUACUCACAAUCAGAAGACCCAGACGAGUGAAGGAGAGACCAUCCCUCAGACUGAGAAACAGAAACAGGAGGUGAAUGUGACAGAGCUUCUGUCCAUCAUCAGCAAACUGAAGGAGGAGAACCAGCAGCUCAGGGCCGAGCUCAACAGCUCCAAAGCUGUUCAGACCCUCUCUCCUCCUCUUCAGUGCCCUGCCAACUGGUUGCCUUUCAGUGGCAGUUGUUAUUUUAUCUUCCACAUGACCAAGAACUGGGAAGAGAGUAAGAUGUUAUGUGAAAGGCUUGGCGCCCACCUCGCCAUCAUCAAGAGCAAAAAGGAGCAGGACUUUCUGUGGAAUAUUAUUCCUCGUGGUUACCCGAACUUGUUCUGGAUUGGCAUCACAGACGCCGACAGCGAGGGCCAGUGGAAGUGGGUGGACGGGACGCCGCUGGUCGAAGGGUUCUGGGAGGAGGGGGAGCCCAAUAACCAUGGGGACGAAGACUGUGGAUACAUCAUGAAGGCUGACCUUAUAAUCGCAGUAUCCAUUGCCAGCUGGUACGACGCCCCCUGCAGCAAGAAUCUGCCCUUUAUCUGUGAGUGGGAAGGACCAGGAACAACCUCCAACAGUCAAAACUAAAGAGCACCACCCAGACAGGAGCACACAAUCUGAACUAGGAGUCUGCCUUUUAUCUGCGAGGAAGAGUGAGCAGGAGCGUCCACCAAGAGCCUGAACUACACUGGAGCACCACCCAGAGUAAACCCACCAAUCUGAACCAUGCACCUGCCCAUCAUCUGUGAGCAGUGUUGGGGAGUAACAGAUUACAUGUACCAGCGUUACAUAAUCAGAGUACAAAUUAUGAGUAACUGUAUUCGAUUACAGUUACUGUUUCAGUGAGUGGUAAUUGGAUUACAGUUACUUUGUUGAAAUAAGUGGAUUACACUGCAAUAUUUUUUAUUAUUUAAUUUUUUAUUUUUUGUUUUUACAUUUUGGGCUAUUUUAUUUUAUUUUUUUCUGUAAUUCCACUCAUGACACUAAGCCAGGUCUAAACCAGGUCUAAAA